GAGGGAGGAGAGAGAAGAAGGAGAGGGGAGAGAGAGGGGAAGACUGUGUGUGUGUGUGAGGGACAAUAAUGUUCUGAGCACAGGAGAGGACUUUCAGUCAAUGAGACACCAGCAGCUUUUCACAACAAAGGACGACUUUCUGCAAAACUUCUACACUUUCACUUUUUUUCAGAGAUAAAUGUCAGAUGGUGUUGCAGCAGCACUUUGAGUGUUCAGGAACAUCUGGUAACAGCUGGACUUCACCUCAGCUGGCCCUGGUCUCCACAUCUACUUUAUACCACAAUCCCAUGGCCUUGAAGUGCCCCAAACAUGUGAGCCACCCACAAAGCUGACUGAGUCUGUGAGGGGAAGUGAUACUACACAAUAAUCUAAACAAAACCAGGACAGAUUAUCAUUUACUCAAGCACACGUCAAGGACAAACCAUCAUGGAGCAAAGUGUGAUCUGCUGCUGCCAUGGCUGAGGGAAGCUGCUUCGGUGCAUUGUAGCUGUGUGGGAUGGUCACAAACAGACGGGUGCUCAAAGAAGAAGAGAAACGCUCAGAGAGGGACAGAGUGUGAACCUUCCUCCUGCUGCGUGCUUCUCAGAGGACCUUGACUCUGUGGUUUUGUUUUUGGUACUUUUCAGAAAGGAGCAGCACCAUGUGCCAUGUUAUCGUAACGUGCAGGUCCAUGCUCUGGACUCUGCUCAGUAUCGUAGUUGCCUUUGCUGAGCUUGUCGCCUUCAUGAGCCCUACCUGGCUGCUGGGAACGCCGCAGUCAGACUCCAGUGUAAGUGGCGGGGAAUUGGACUCCAGGGAGUACCGGCCGUCUCUUGGACUCUACAGCCGCUGCCUCCAUCUGAGGACCAGAGGAGGAGGCAUGACCUGCGGGCCCUAUGCCGCGACAUUCGGGGAGGUGGCCAGUGGUUUCUGGCAGGCUGCCAUGUUGUUUCUAGCGGCAGGGAUUUUAGUGCUGGGGGGCGUGGGCUGUAUCUCCAUCUUCACCCUCUGCUUCCAAAGCAUCCUGAAAAAGAGCAUCUUCAACAUAUGUGGACUGCUGCAGGGAAUUGCAGGCCUGCUGCUGAUGGUGGGCCUCAUGCUGUACCCUGCUGGCUGGGGAUCGGAGAAGGUGAUCAGCUACUGUGGCUCAGAGGCAUCGCCCUAUCGGCCAGCUGAGUGUUCACUUGGCUGGGCAUUCUACGCAGCAAUAGGAGGAACGCUGGCUGCUUUCCUGUGUGCUGUUUUGUCUGUGCAGGCUGAGAUCGCCACCUCUAGCGAUAAGGUUCAGGAGGAGAUCGAGGAGGGAAAGAUACUGGUCUGCCUGCUCUGACAUUUCACAAACCUGGAGGAACGGCAGGGAGAAUGUUUACUUUCAUAUGGGUGUUUUAUCCUGACAAAACACUGAUUGUUGAUUGUCUUUUGAUGGCAUCCUCUGUAAACCAUUUUGUCCACACGCUCACACCAGCAAGGCACCCAGACAGGUGCGGUGCCUCUCUGACUGCCAGCAGCUACGCAACUCUUUGCACAAAACUGCAUUUCAGUGUCUGUCCUUUUGCCUGAGAGAUGGUCAUUGAGAACGUAUUUCAGAUGACCUGUGUUGCAAGAGAAGAGUCCAGGGACAUCAGUCCUCAAAUUUAACUGAAAUAGCUCUUUGCGUUUUGAAAAUAUCACCACAGACAGACACAGCCAUUACAGUAGCCUCUUUCCACUUUGCGGUGAAGCUAAUGACAGAUGGUGCUAUUCAAACAAUCCACCACAGCUUCCUUUCCUGACACUAUAAAAAAAAAAAAGACUAAAUUGCCAAUCUUGCCUUCAAGCUACAGCGUGUAGGAUUUAAAGGUGUUUAUUAGCACAAAUUGUGCUUUCAUAAGGAGGCCUUCACAUGGAAGCAGGCCCCAUCAUGCAGGCCGCCAUAUUGCUACAGUAGCCAAGAAGGGACAUACUUGCUCUGCAUUUUGCAGCUCUGCUGGAAGACUGGGGGAAAAAAGAUUCAGCAGUUGCUCCCCUAUACACUGUGUACUUUUUGCUAGUGCAGGCUAACCAGUUUGCAAACCCUCAUUUUUGUAAAAUAAAUUAUACAUAUUGCUUAUCAGAAGUGAAGGCAAGGAAGCAUGAAUCUUGGUCACCGAAGACACAUAAUGCAAUCUGCAACCUCACCUCUCAGGAACACUAAAUCCUACACACAGUAGCUGAUGAACAUGCCAUUAAUACUACUGCAGUCAGGAAAUGAAUUGUCGAUGUAUUACAGUGUAAUAACUGAAGAGCUGCGUGUCUUUGUUCACUGAUAUAAAAUGUAAGAACAUCUGCUGUGGAUGGGGGACUGAAAGUUAAAAUGCCAAGCACAGUAAAACUUUAAAGGCUUUAAGUGUGACAGUGAGAUGAAUACAGAAGUUACUGUUGGCUCGUUGGUGACUAAUUUCUUUUUAAAGAUCAUUUCAUGACUUGGAAACGGCACCUGAUACUAUUUAGCCAUCGGCCUCACCGCUCAUUUCACUUACACGUUCUUCUCUUGUGCUUUUUCAAACUGCAGUAAUGCAAUAUGUUUCCUUUGGCUGAGUUUAUUCAUUGUAAAUAAGAUGUGCAAUAUUUCAGCUGGUUUGUUUCAGUGUGGAUUUGUACCACGUGGUCAGGGCUUGAACAUGGUGCCUGUUCAGUUUUUGUUACAUUAACAA